AUGGAUGACUCAUUAUGGACAUGGCCAGCCUGGAAGUUCGACAUGAAGAAAGAGGAUUUAUUCACCAAGCUCCACGACCAAUACAACACCUACCCGUCCCCCAUUCAAGAUAACGAGGCCUUUUAUCACGAUAUCUCCGAAAUCUCCUACGAAGCGCAGUCGACUGCUGAAUUUCAUCACUUAGCCAGCAAUCGCAGAUAA